UCAUCGUCCUUCACGGAAGUCAGCAGCUCUGAGGCUGAUGAUGAUGGCGGCCUCGUCAGCCUAGCAUCAGGAAGAGGAUGUUUGCCUCCCGUGAAGGAAUAAUAUCACCUGAUCUGAAGAGUUUAUAACAGAGUCAACUAUCGUACACAUUUUCUGUCGAGCUCACUGGGCUUUAGAAGGCCCAUUCCCUCGCCUGGAGCCAGCUUUUGCGACUUUGAAGCCGGGUGCUGCUGGUUAAGAUGUCCCUGUUCCAGUCGGCACUGGAUUUCCUAGCCGGGCCCGGCUCGUCCGGAGGGGCCAGCCGGGACCAGAAUGACUUCGUCGGACAAGUGGUGGAGCUCGGCGACAUGAAACUGAGAAUCAAGAGGGUGAUCGCGGAAGGUGGAUUUGCUUUUGUGUAUGAAGCUCAGGACAUGAGCAGUGGUAAAGACUAUGCUCUCAAGAGGCUGCUGUCCAACGAAGAGGAGAAGAACAAGGAAAUCAUACAGGAAGUCUGCUUCAUGAAAAAACUGUCUGGUCAUCCCAACAUGGUUCAGUUCUGCUCUGCUGCCUCCAUCAGCAAAGAGGAGUCUGACACUGGACAGGCCGAGUUCCUGAUCCUCACUGAACUGUGUAAAGGUCAGCUGGUGGACUUUAUAAAGCGGGUCGAGCAGAGGGCUCCCCUGUCAUGUGACACUGUACUGAAAGUCCUCUACCAGGCGUGUCGUGCCGUGCAGCACAUGCACAAACAGAAACCUCCCGUCAUACACAGAGACCUCAAGAUUGAGAACCUCUUGAUUAGUAACCAGGGCACCAUCAAGCUCUGCGACUUUGGCAGCGCCACCAUAGUGUCACAUUACCCCGACUACAGCUGGACAGCACAGAAGAGAUCCAUGGUGGAGGAUGAGAUCACAAGGAACACAACUCCAGCAUAUAGAACACCAGAGAUGAUCGAUCUCUACUCCAACUUUCCGAUCAAUGAGAAACAGGACAUCUGGGCCCUGGGAUGUAUCCUCUACCUGUUGUGUUUCAAGCAGCAUCCCUUCGAAGAGGGGGCCAAGCUGCAAAUUGUCAAUGGGAAAUACUCCAUUCCUCAGAACGACGUCAAGUACACGGUGUAUCACGACCUCAUACGUUCCAUGUUGAAGGUCAACCCAGAGGAGCGUCUGUCGAUCACAGAGUUGGUCAACCAGCUCCAGGAGAUAGCAGCAGCACGCAACGUCAACCCCAAGUCUCCCAUUACAGAGCUGCUGGAACAGAAUGGAGGUUUUGGUAACAAUGGAGCACAGCCGCCGAUGCAGAUCCACAAUAUCCACAACAAUGCAGGCAUGUAUGAUCCUGAUCAGUCAGGCAGUGGCCUGUUUGAUAUCUUAAAAGGAGGAACUGAGCGCUUCCUGACCAACAUAAAGGACACUUCCUCCAAGGUCAUUCAGUCAGUAGCCAGCAACCCCAGCUAUGCCAAAGGUGACCUGGAUAUUUCAUACAUCACGUCUAGAAUAGCAGUCAUGUCCUUCCCAGCAGAGGGGGUGGAGUCUGCGAUAAAGAACAACAUUGAGGAUGUCCGUCUUUUCCUGGAUUCUCGUCAUGCUGGUCACUAUGCGGUUUACAACCUCUCCAAACGAUCAUACCGGCCGUCGCGAUUCCACAAUAGGGUUUCAGAGUGUAACUGGCAGGUGCGCCGUGCCCCCAACCUUCGCAGUCUCUACAGUGUUUGUAAAAAUAUGCAUCUAUGGCUCAAACAAGACCAGAGGAACAUCUGUAUAGUCCACUGUCUGGAUGGCAGGGCAGCAUCAGCUGUGGCUGUUUGCUCCUUCCUGUGCUUCUGCCGCCUUUUCACCACAGCUGAAGCUGCUGUCUACAUGUUCUCAAUGAAGCGAUGCCCACCUGGCAUAGCCCCCUCACACAAGAGGUAUAUUGAGUAUAUGUGUGACAUGAUGGCAGAGGAGCCCAUCAUCCCACACAGCAAGCCAAUAGUAAUCCGCUCCAUCAUCAUGACGCCCGUGCCGCUGUUCAACAAGCAGCGUAAUGGGUGCAGGCCAUUCUGCGAAGUCUAUGUUGGAGACGAGAGGGUUCUCACGACAUCGCAGGAGUACGACAGAAUGAAGGAUUUCAAGAUUGAGGAUGGAAGAGCCGAGAUUCCCCUCAAUGUGACAGUACAGGGAGAUGUACUAGUGGUGAUCUAUCAUGCAAGAUCUACCCUGGGAGGCCGUCUGCAGGCCAAGAUGGCAUCCAUGAAAAUGUUUCAGAUUCAGUUCCACACAGGCUUUGUACCCAGAAAUGCGACAAAUGUCAAGUUUAACAAGUACGAUUUAGAUGCCUGUGACAUCCAGGAGAAGUACCCUGACUUGUUUCAGAUCAACUUGGACAUUGAGAUGGAACCUAGAGACAGACCCAGCACCAAGACGCCACCAUGGGAUGGCUUCCAAACCAAGGGCCUCAAUCCCAAAAUCCUCUUCUCCUCUCGGGAUGAACAGCAGGAAAUCCUCAGCAAAUUUGGUAAACCGGAGCUGCCUCGUCAGCCAGGAUCCUCAGCAUUUUAUGACUCCGAGUUGCCCCAGCCAGUUCAGACUCCAGAUGGCCCCAGUGCAACAGAACCAGAAUCUCCUGUGAGCACAGAUACCAAUGCCAACAACUUCUUCCAAACACUGGACUGGGAAGAUGUGAGUGGUCGUCAGGAUGCUUCAGACAGUAAUGCAGGAGGAGCCGUGAACGACCAGGGGGACAUGAGUGAUCAAUCUGAAGGGGAGUCCUACUCUUAUUCUGCCCCCAGUGCAGAGCCACUGUCACGUGACCCCAGUGAACCACUAUUCGAUACUGACUUUGAGACGCCCCCUCCCGUCGUCCAGGAACCACCAAUCGGUGACACAGCAGAUCUCCUUGGGUUGAACUCUGAACCUGAACCUCCCUCUGUGUCCUCAACAUCCUCUGCUCCUCAUCAAGGCGGCCAGGGGGGACUGAAAGCUGCCUCCAGCAACAGCGACCUCCUUAACGACCUGUUUGCACCCCCUGCUGGUCAGACCGGAGCUGGGCAGGAAGACUUGUUCUUCAGUGAGUCUACACCUGAAGCAAAAUCCGUGGGCGGUAACCUGUUUGAUCCGUUCGGGAUGGGAUCUGGAUCUGGCAUUGGUUCUAGUGCGGGUUCAUCUCGGCAGGCCUCUGGACCAGACCUGUUUGGAGACUUGUUGGGUUCUGAUGACUCUGCCACCAGUGGGUUUAAUUCAGGUCACACCAACCCCACUCCUGCUUCCAACACCAGCCUUUUCAACCUCAAUAAAGUUGGAAAUGAUGCACCAAAGAUGACGUCAUCAGCCAGCCAACCAGAUUUGCUGGGUGGUUGGGACAGCUGGUCAGCUGGCAACACCAAAGGCGUGAGUGCCUCAUCUAAAAAACCCAAGUACACUAACACUGCGGCUGGUAUGUCCUCCAUCUCAAAGGCCAAGUCACAGACGUUUGAUCCUUUUGCCGACUUGGGAAACCUGGGCUCCACUUUACCAGUUUCAUCCAGCAGCAAUUUUUCAGGUCCGUCUUUCAGCUCAAAGGCUCCUUCCUCUUCUUCUUCGUCCACCAACAAGCCCCAGGCCCAGCCCUGGCAGGCCGGUAGACCCACCUCAGCCCAGAACAAACCCUGGAUGUCGGGAUCUGGAUCUGUUCCCAAAGUAUCCUCAGCAACUCAGCUUGGAGGGACACAGCCGACCAAACCCAACUACAGCCUGAACUUCACCAGCGUCAUUGGUGGGAGAGAGGAGAGAGGAGUCCGUGGGCCGGGGUUUGGCCCUAAGCCGAAGGUGAAGGAGGAUGAUUUUGGGGACCUGCUGUCGACUCAAGGUUUUGCCUCCACGUUUGAUAAGAAGGGACCCAGGACCAUCGCUGAAAUGAGAAGGCAGGAGAUCACGAAAGACAUGGAUCCACUUAAACUACAGAUACUGGACUGGAUUGAGGGCAAGGAGCGAAACAUCCGAGCGCUGCUGUCGACCCUGAACACGGUGCUGUGGGAGGGCGAGACCCGCUGGAAGCCUGUGGGCAUGGCUGACCUGGUGACCCCCGACCAGGUGAAGAAGUACUACAGAAAGGCGGUGCUGGUCGUCCAUCCAGAUAAGGCGACAGGCCAGCCGUAUGAGCAUUACGCUAAAAUGAUCUUCAUGGAAUUGAAUGAUGCCUGGUCAGAGUUUGAGAACCAGGGAUCCAAAGCACUCUUCUAAAACCCUGGUCUGGAUCCCAGCUAGACCAGACCAGACCAGACCAGACCAGACUGCACUUGAUUUGGCCUUACCAAACAAGGGGUUAGACUGGGCCAGAUUAGACAGGACUGAGCCCACAUUGGGCCUUAGUGGGAAACGAGCCUCUGAGAGGUGUCCUCUCCACCAUUCCCUUCACUCCCUACUUCUGUCUUUCAGCUCUUCUGUUUCUACAGUCAAAGGGAAAAAAAAAAAGACCUUUUGCCUCACGUUUGACUGUAGUGGAAAAUUCCUCACUGGGUGUUAAAUCGCCAGUUACGUAUUGUGAAUAACUCACUGCCGACCCGUAUGAGUGCCUGAGUGGUGCUGCGAAGGAGAAAGGAAUGGUUGACAAUCACAUGGAAAAGGCAAAAUUGGAAUUAUGAACUUACUACGACGACUAUCAUCGCAGUGCUGUCCAGAUAAAAGAUAUAAGCAACACUAUGUAACUUCUGCAGACAUGCUAUGAUGGACGUUUGACUACAACUAAGUAUUUUAACUGGCUUCAGUUCAGCAUAACUUCCCUGGGCCUGAUUCUAGCAGUUUGAGUCCGACUUCUCACAGUGUUUAUACCCACUCACAAACUGAUAUUGUGGAAAGAUGUUCAAAGUGGUAAUGGAAGAGGCACCAUUCUUAUUAAGGUAAAAAAGGGCAGAGUGUUGCUUUAAUGAUUGUAUAUUGAUGAUAUGAAUUGUUAAGUUUGGGCUGUGGCUGGCUAAGUUUGCCUUUUGGUGCUUUGUCGGUCAUCUUGCUCACUGGCUCAUCGAAAAAGAAAGUGGGAAAUAGAACUUUUACAAACAUGAUUUUGUUUGAAGUUUUUAAGCUGAGCUGCCUCAAAAAAAAAAAAAUCCAACAAAAAAAGAAAAAAAAAGAAAAGUCAAACAUUGAUUAUGAAUCUUGUAACGUACUAGCCACAGCAACCAGUGAACAAGAAACCCCCCUGAAUAUGUAACACAAAAGAUCUGUGGACAGUUGAUGUGCAAAAGUGCAUCUGCUGCACCUUUUGGUGACGACUCAUCGUCAGGUUUGAGCCGUUUCCUCCCAUGAGUGAGGAGACUAUUGCCUGCUGAAACACUACUAGUGCUGCUUGUACCGUCGUAGUUAUUGCUCCACUCACACACUCCUCAGAUUGAUGUUAAAAAAACCUGCAUCUUAAACUUCUAACUCAAACUUGUUGUGUUGCCCCCAUGUGAAUCCGAGUGGGAUGUGUGUUGUUUUAUUGAAGUGCUCUUUGAAUUCCACCUGCAUGCUCUCCCACACUCAACCUCCCGACACCAGGAGGCAGGCAAACCACGGUUACUCUAUAAACUGGGCAGUGGCACUUUCUUUCUUUUUUUUAAUAAAUCAAAGUGCUCUUUUUCUUGUAGCAGAAACUGAGUCCACCUGCUGGAUUUUUCUGAGUUGAAGUCUUACUCACCUUUCCAGUGCCUCCAUCCUCACUCACCAGCUCUCUCCCCUUGUCUCUGUAAGCCCCACCCACCCCCAGCGCCGAGCAUAGGAGGAGAUGCAAACAGUAAAGGAAGGAAAAGAGAACAUGGUGAUCGAUUUGAUCUGGUUUUACUUUUUCUUGUUGUUUUUUUCCCCCUUUUGGGAUCAUGCAAGGUUUUCGUCACUUCAUUGUAAAUAUAAGAAUAUCAUCCAUCAAGUGGCUUUGUUAAGAUUAUAGCCUGGUGUAUGAGUGUGUGUGUGUGAGUGAUUGAGUAAAUGUGUAUAGGGUUUUUUGAGGGUAUCCCACCCCUCGACACACUUCUUUUUUGUAAUUUCACAUUUUACCUCACGGACCAAUCAAAUCACCUGUUUUCAUAUUUAUUAUUAUGAUUUUUUUGGGGGGGGAUUGGGGAAUAUAAUGACAUACAUCAGAUAAUAUAUAAAGUGGAAUGUGCUGAGUGCAAGUAGGACGACUUGUUGUUUGAUCACAGCUUGUUUUGUUGCUGUUUUCUUUCCAAACCAUCUGUUAUUAAUAUGAAUGUGCUUUUACAAACGUAUACAGUAUAUCCUCUCUGUUGUUAUGUGAUAUAUGUUUAUUAUCAUUUGUCCCGUUUUUUUUUUUGUUGUUGUUUUUCGUUUUUCCUUUUUAGCAGAACUGAAGUGGUUCCUUAUGUUUUGCACAUCUGACAUUUUGCUACCAUUCCAACACAAAGGGGCCAGUAUCAAAACAAAAAAAGAAAAGAAUAAACGGAUGCUUAAUAUUCAUGUGGGAUCAUAAUUAUGAGGAGGGAGGAGUGGAAAAAAAAAACAACCAAAUGACAUCAUACUAAUAUGAAUGUAGAUGAUAUCAAUGCAAAAACAAAUUAAAAAUCUUUUCAUCUGAGGUAAAAACAAA